AUGAUUCUUCAACGAUUACUUUUUUCCGUACUUAUACAAAUGGUAUUAUCAUAUGAUUUUACAGAUGAUAACUGGAAUCAAUUCGAUGCAUACGGUGUAAAAUUGGCAACUAACGAUAAUGUGGUAGUACAAGCGCGUAAUAUCGAUGCUUAUUUCGUUAUACAAUUUGCUCCAUUCAAUGCAUCAAAUGUAUCAUCACCAUGUCAUGUUAAUUAUGCGGGUAGUAAGUCAAACGAUACGAAUUUCAUUUAUAAUAUAGUCGUACCAGAAGGUGAUGUUAAUGGUGCAUCGGUGAUUUUUGUUGGUGAAAAUACUGAUAAUUCGACAUCACCAUAUCCAUUUGUUGGACAUUUACGUGUAAAUUCAUCAUGUAUGGCUACAUAUGAUAUUCAAUACUUUAAUUCAUCUGGACAUGAUGAAUUUUUUGUAGUUGGUGUCGAUCCAAGUGGUCAACAAGCGUACGGAUUCUCGAGCCGAUUUGCAUUCAGCUACGAUUUGCAAACACAUACUAUUACUCUUCUUCAACAAUGGCCUAUACCUAAUUUUACACCACAUGCUGUUGAUGUGAGCAGGAGCUAUAUGGCUAUUAUUGCUGGCUUUGUUACUACAGCACAAAACGUAUAUAACCCUUAUAUCUACAUGCUACAAAUGAAUAUUAGCUCGUACAGUAUUGUUGAAACAUGGCCAUAUGUACCAUCAAGCAGCUCAUGGCAAGCCACAACAACGAAUCGAGAUGCAUCCACUUUUACAAGAAAACAUAUGAUGAGUGUUUCUAUUCAUGAUAAUACAUCAGCUGUACUUGUUGGUAUGCCAUCUUUUAACAUUGUUUUCUGGUUUAACAUAGAAGAAACGAAUUUGACUGUGUUUGGACAACGUGAGAAUGGCUAUCAGCGUGGUUAUGGUCAAAGCUUAGGAUGGAGUGAUGAAUCUGGAGGUCCAUAUCCUGUUAUACUAGCAAAUACAUACACGUUUCCUUACGAGUGGUCCAGUUCAAUUAUCUACUGGUUCUAUCCGGCACAGUUUCUCUCAAGCAACCCAAUCAUGCCAAUGCUUCCUACAGUUCAAUGUCCACUAUGGGUAGAUUUACAACAAGAACUACUCACUAUUGCUAUGGGAACUCUUAACCUUGUACUUCUCGAUUCAUCUGGACAAGUAUAUGUCAUGUUGGCAGCUGCAGAAGGUUUUUAUCCUGAUACAAGUGUAGCCAUCGGUACGAAUCCUACAUUCUCUAGUCCGACUAGUUGCCCUGCAGGUACCUACAAAAAUUGGAUAGGUGUUUACAUUUGCUAUCCAUGUACAGCUGGACAAAUGAAUACAGAUGACGGAAACUUUGAAUGUUCAACGUACGGGUGUGCUGAAGAAACUUCAAUUUGUCCACUUGGUUCUAUCACGAAUGAUACUUAUUCUGAUAUGACCACAUCUAUUUCACAGGAAGUCAGUUAUCCAGAAUCACCAGAAUCGAUUAUUUUUGAUGAUAUUCUUAUCGUGAAUAUGUUUAGCUUUGGUACUUCAACGUCCUGUUUAAUGGUCUCACCUGUAUUUUGGACAAUGGUUAUGACUGGCUUUGUAGUGCUUAUUCUUCUUAUUAUGGGUAUUCUCAAAUUCUUCAAACAACACGCUAAAACUCGUCUUAUGAUCAAGCGUAUUUUUCGCCAAGCAGAUAUUAUUCGUGAAGGAGAAUUAUGGGUUGGCGGACUUGCUUCUCUCGCUCUAAUUGUUUUAGUUAUGUUUGCCUACCAUUUCAGUGGCUCUUAUCUCAAUCAAUAUCCAAUUGAAACAGCACCACCAUCAACAUUUGCAUGUGAUCAGACGAUUCGUAACGCAAAAUUUCAAACAAAUCUUCAAUCUCUCACAACACCACGUAGUGAAGAAGUCGAACCGAUAUUUGAGCUGCUUGACGAGCAGCAUUUCAAACUUACCAUUGAUUUCAUUAAUACACAACAGACUUGCGAUGAUGUAACAAUUACACAAAUCGUUCAUUCUUAUUCGCAAGUAAUAUCGUCGAACUGCACUUAUAAUCGAUCUACAGUUACUGUUUCUACUACUCUUCAAUCGCAUACAGUAUCUCUCAUUUACAAUUUUGCUAAAGCUGUAUCAAUUGGUGGUUUUCGCAUUAGUUUCUAUAGUGAACAAAUCGAAUUAGAUAAUAAAUCUAGCAAUUCAAAUUACUUUGUUCAAGAGUUCAAUUUCGUUCAACCAUUCUUUGUCUACAAUCAAACAAUGGCUUAUGAUCCAACCAUUGUGUAUGAACUGACUCGCAUCAUUAACCAAAGUUAUCCACUUGAUGACAACGGAUUAUAUUCGUACAAUGCACUAUGGAGUCCAGUAACUACUAGUAGUACUUCAGAUCUGUUUCUUACUUAUGAGGAAUAUAUGUACUAUGGCUUAUUAAAAACAACAUUCACAAUUUCUAUCUCAGAAGUAACCUAUUACACUAUGAAUGUUCAACAACCUAUUGCCAAGAAAUCGGAAAUUAUUUUUCAUAAUCUUCUUUUUACAACAGUCUGUUUGGAAUUAUUUGGCCUUAUGUUUAUCGGUAUGAAACUCAUUGGUCUACCAUUAUUCAAUGGUGUUCGAUACUUUAUAGAGAAACACUCUAAUUUAAUUCAUCCAGAACCUUUCUCUGACAAAUCAAAUGAAGCAUUGAAAACGCAAGACCAGUUACCCAACUAUUUUAAAUCGGUCCCUAACAAAUCGAAUGAAGCAUCAAAAGUGCAAGAACAGUUACCCAAAUAUUCUAAACCGGUCGCUGACAAAUUUAAUGAAACAUCGAAAACGCAAGACCAGUUACCCAAAUAUUCUAAACCGGUCCCUAACAAAUCAAAUGAAGCAUCGAAAACGCAAGAACAGCUACCCAAAUAUUCCAAACCGAUCUCUGACAAAUCAAAUGAAGUAUCGAAAACGCGAGAACAGUUACCCAAAUAUUUUAAACCGGUCGCUGGCAAGAAUCAAAAGUAUUAA